AAAACAGAAUGUGGAUUGUUUACGCCUUGGUGGUCCAUGUACUGCUUCUGGGCUCGAUUUUUGUGAUAUACUUUCGAUCCCCCGUUAUCAAUGAUCUGAAGCCACAGACACCAUUUAUUGGAUACGGAUUGGAAGCCCCGGCGAAUCGUUUGGUUCUGAUUGUCACUGACGGACUGCGCGCCGCUUCGUUUUUCGAAGACAACUGCCGGCAUGUUCCGCACUUGCGGAAGAUAUUCAUGCGCGAGGGCUUGGUUGGAAUCUCUCGCACGCGUGUGCCCACCGAGUCUCGACCGGGACACAUAGCAUUGAUUGCCGGUCUCUACGAGGAUCCAUCGGCAGUGCUAAAGGGCUGGAAGGAGAAUCCCAUUGACUUUGACACUGUGCUCAAUCGCAGUGGUCACAGCUAUUCCUGGGGAGCUCCAGACAUUCUAAACAUAUUUCAAAAGCUGACCAAGGAGAACGACCCCCGAAUGUACUUCGAUGCAUACUCCCACGAUAUGGACUUCUCGGGAAAGUACAAAACCUACAAGCUGGACGAGUGGGUGUUCCGGCAGGUGCGCUUUCUCCUUAACCGAAAGAAGGAUGAGUUGCCCAAAUUCCACCCGGUUGUUUUUUUCAUGCACUUGCUGGGCCUCGACACGGCCGGUCACGUCCACAAGCCAGGGACAACGCUUUUCCUAGAAAAUCUAAACUUUACGGAGCAUGGCAUCUGGCAGAUGUACCACGAAUUUGAGAGCGUCUUUCCUGAUAAGAAAACAGUCUACUUGCUGACCUCCGACCACGGCAUGACUGACUCAGGCUCCCAUGGGUCUGGAGCCCCACAUGAAACCGAAACACCCUUCAUGCUCUGGGGCGCAGGAGUUUCUCGUAUCGCUUCCACCGUGGGAGCCCGCAAAUUUGUAGCCAACGAUGAGGGUCUCCAGUUGCCGUUGCAUGAGCUCGAGCAGGCACAGCUGACACCACUGAUGUCCGCGCUGAUUGGCCUGCCUCCCCCGAUGAACAACUUUGGGGUACUGCCCACCGGUUACAUGGCUGUGAGUGAGGAGUACCAGGCCAUGGCUGCUCACAGCAAUGCGCUCCAGUUGUUGGCGCAAUACGAGAAGCUGCUGGAGCAGCACAGGCAGGGACUCUUUGCUGACUUACUGAACAACUUCGAUGAGCUGUCGCCGGCAGAAAUCAAUACGUACAAGCAGCUGGUAGUCAAGCUGCACACGGAAAAGGCCUAUGCGAAAUCUUUGGCCAGGAGCAAUGUCGUCAUGGAGCUAACUCUGAAGGGAAUAGACUACUAUCACGGCUACUAUCGCAAUUGCCUACUGCUAAGCACUACGGCCACCUUCCUCGGUUGGAUAUUCUACCUGUAUCGACUGCUGUCCAGGAACGUGGCGGGAAGACUUCAGAUAAUGCUCGAAAGGCAGGAAAAGGUGUCCAGAGUAACAUUGGAUGUCUCCAUGUUCUUGCUGCUGUUCUUUUUGGUGGCCCAGCGAGCACCGAUAGCCAUUGCAUUCUACUUGUUGCUCCCGUUGCCUGUAUGGAUGCUGGCACUGAAUCCCAAGGCGUGCGGAUCCUCCUCCGCAGCUGUCCCGACCAGUCAGCCUGGAGCCCCUGCACGGCUGACUUCGGCGUCGCAACUUUUACUGAUUACUGUAUGUGCUGAGCUGAUGGUGUUCACCUUCUUCGAGCGUCGUCUGAUCUCGGUGUGUUUUGUUGCCUUUGGAUGCUACAACAAUUGGAGAAACUUCGUGCCCAAUUCCCGGGAAUUCUACUCCUGGCUGGCGCUGGUCAUUGUCCUUGGCUGUUUCCCCCUUCUGCCGCCGUCAGUGGGCUACCAGAACUGGUAUCUUUUUCUGGCUGGCAUUGUGCUCAUACUCGUGAAUGCUUUGUGGUCCAAGGAGCGACGCCUCAUGUUCACGAAGCACACCAAAUACUGCAACGCUCUGAUCCUGCUGAACACCAUCAUCUGUGUGCAUCUGCACUCAAACCAAAUUGGCGUUCCCAUUGCACUUCACCUGGUUAGUUGGUCGUUCCUUAUCUACGCCUUUGCCUCCAUUCUAUUCAACAGUGAGGCGAAACUGGAGGUGCGUCUGGCUCAGAUCUGCUUCAAUCUGGGCUCACUCUAUGCUCUGCUUUGCACCUCAUACGAAUCCGUUUUUGUGCAGCUGCUCACCAUGGAGCUGAGCCUAUCACUUGCCCAGAGUUCCCGCAGCUCAGAGAAAUCGGUUCUGCGCCUGGCAUUUACCAUUCUACUGUAUACAUUCUUUUCGCUCUUCGGCAGCGGAAACAUUGCGUCGAUCAGUUCGUUUGAUCCCAACAUAGCGCGUUGCUUUCUGAGCAACUUCUUGCCAUUCAUCAUCAUGGGACUGGUGCUGCUGAAGCUGCUCUUGCCGGUGGUGCUGAACUUGACCAUUGUCUAUACCCACUGCGAGUGUGCGCGUGAGCAGGAGCAGAGAAUCUUCAUCUGUCUGCUGAUAAUUUGCGACAUAAUGGGUCUAAACUUUCUGUUUCUGGUGCGCAAUCAGGGCUCCUGGUUGGACAUCGGCUCGUCGAUAUCGCAUUUUGUCAUCAUGGAGGUGACCACGCUGGUGCUACUGCUGCUAUCGUAUGCUGCCAAGCUGCUGCUGCGCCUGGUCAACUGCGAUCGUCUCGUGGAAAAGCUGCGAUAAUACAAACCCGGAUCGAAUCCAAGUCCAUGUCCACAUUUACCAAAUACUUUACACUAAACUUAAACAUUUAUGUCAAUAUUUACAACACUAAUUAAGAAUUAGUAACAUACACUUGUAAAUCGUAGAAUCUA